AUGACCUCUGACCUCCAGUUUUCCCGGUCUCUGUAUAGCUUCUUGUAUAAUUCCAGGUAUGACUGGAUCCCUUUAAGGGGAAAUAUUUUAACGAUUGUUGAUCUCGCUUUGUCUCAUUCAGAUGAGUCUUCCUCAGAGAGCUGCAACGGGAACCCCUUUUCUGUAACCAACCCAUCCACCACUCCCACUCCGCUACCUGACAUGAAUGGGAACCCCCCUGCUCCAGCCCUGGAACAGACCACCACAUCGGAAGAGCAGCCCAUCAACCUCAGUGACAAAGUCCGGCCUUCCCUGGGGGUCCCGCCAUAUCCAUCCGACACUGAGGCCCUGAGGAGCCGAGGAAAAUAUGCCCUGAAAGCCACCUCUGAGUCCCCUCCAUACAGCUCAGGAAGUUACGACUCCAUCAAGACAGAAGUGACAGAAGUAAGUGGCUGCGCAGAGGACCUGUCGGUGGGCAGAGCUGCGGCUGUGGAUGACGAUGAUGACGACGACCACGAAGAUAACGACCGCAUCACAGACACGGAGGGGCUGGACCCUGAACGUCUGAAAGCUUUUAAUAUGUUUGUGCGCCUCUUCGUGGACGAGAAUCUGGACCGCAUGGUCCCCAUCUCCAAGCAGCCCAAGGAAAAGAUACAGGCGAUCAUCGAGUCAUGCAGCCGUCAGUUCCCAGAAUUCCAGGAACGCGCCAGAAAGCGCAUCCGCACUUACCUGAAGUCCUGUCGGCGCAUGAAGAAGAACGGCAUGGAGAUGGCCAGGCCGACUCCGCCUCACCUGACCUCAGCCAUGGCGGAGAACAUUCUGGCAGCCGCCUGCGAGAGCGAAUCAAGAAAAGCCGCCAAAAGGAUGAGACUAGAAGUUUAUCAGACCUCUCAGGUAAUCCCGUGUCCCUGGAAGCAUUGGCAGUGCAAAAAGACUUCCGGCCUCUCACAGUCCACCUUCACACUGCCGGCGACCAAUUUUGUCCAGGAUCCCGUCUAUGUGAACGGAAGUCUCCACUACACUUAUCGCGGUUACGGGUCCAUUGGAGGCAACCUGGCGCCUCCCACCUCACUGCAAACUGGAAACCACUGCAAUGGUCCAACUGAUCUCAGCAUGAAGUCUUCGGCUUCUGGCAGCACCCCCACCAACUCCACCAACCGGGCAAUGCCGUGCGCCCAGCUCAGCCCCACGGAGAUCGGAGCGGUGCGACAGCUGAUCGCCGGGUACCGAGAGUCGGCCGCCUUCCUUCUGCGCUCAGCCGAUGAACUGGAGAAUUUAAUAUUGCAGCAGAAUUGA